CCAGCAGCGGCGGCAAAUAUGGCCAGCAAUAACCACAACAAUAACAAUAGCAGCAGCAACAGCAACAGCUACGAGGAGCAACAGCUGGAUUACAACAGCAAUGGUUGCAAUUACCACGCACCAACGGCGACAGCAGCAGCUGCAGCAGCGAAGCAACAGGGAUUGACAGCAACAGCAGCAAACAAUCAAAAUAAUCACAAUAAUAGCAACAAAUAUAGUUAUCCAACGGCAGCAGCUGCUGCUGCCAUGGAGAACAUGUUCCAAGGCAAUCAUCAGCUGCUCAAUUCAUAUCUGUAUCAGAAGAAUGAUGCGGCUGUUACAGUUGCUGGAGAUGCUGGCUACAUGGCAGAGCAAAGCUAUUGGCAACAGCAACAGCAGCAUCAGCAACACCACCAACACCAAUCACAACAGCAGCAGCAACAUCAACAUCAACAUCAACAGCAACAGCAGCACAAGCAACAACAACAACAGCAACAUUGGAACAAUCACAAUAGCAACAGCAGCAGCAGUAGCAACCACAAUAACAGCAGCAGCAACAACAACAACAAUCAGCGCAGCAGCAACAACUACGCGAAUAACUAUGCCGCAGCAGCUGCUGCCUCCAUGUACAUGCAACAUUUCAAUCCGUACAUGCAACAGAAGGCCGCACUGCUCGCCGAAAAGGCAGCACAGGCGGCAGCCGCGGCAGCAGCAGCUGCUGCAGUGCACGGCAACAGCAGCAGCAACAAACAUGGCCGGUACUCGGGCGAUUAUGGUUAGGCCGACUGGAGCGAAUCGAGGGCAACAUUUAACCCAAAGUAAACACUUGCAUAUUAACAUAAAUCAUAUAGAAAUAACUGCAUAAAUAAUGAUAACUGUACUUGGAAAGUAGAGGCGGAACGUAUAGGCCAUUUUAACGCAAGGAAUUGCUAAGGAAUACAAAAAUCCUUAAAUUAACAUAUAAAAUAUUAAAAAUAAAACACAGCAACAAGGUAAACAAGGCAAGCAACAAUAAUUAAAACAAAAAAGCAAGGAAAACAAAAAAAAAAAAACAAAAAAAAUUAGUAAAAAUUUGUUAUUGGUAGUUUGUUAAAAAAAAAUAAGAAAAAAACUAAAAAGGAAAAAAUAUAAACAAAAUAUUGUAGAUGAGACAAGUAAGAAGCAGAGGCAACUGAAAACAGCAUCAAGAAAAGUAAA